AUGGCUAUGAGAAAUCAGACUACCUUGACUGAAUUCACAUUGGUCUCCUUUCCUGUCAUCCAGGAGAUUCAGGUCUUGCUGUUUGUCAUUCUCCUGCUGGUUUAUAUGCUCACUAUAACGGGAAACAUUAUCAUCAUUUCCUUAAUAUGGACCGAUAAUCGUCUCCAGACACCAAUGUAUUUCUUUCUUAGUAAUUUGUCAUUUUUGGACAUCUUGUUCACAACUACUAUUGCCCCAAAGUUGCUAGCCUGUCUCUUAGAAAAGAAGAAAACCAUAUCUUUUGCUGGCUGCAUCACUCAAGUUUAUUUCUACUUCUUUCUGGGGACAGUGGAGUUUCUCCUCCUAGCGGUGAUGUCCUUUGACCGCUACGUGGCCAUCUGUAACCCCCUGCGCUAUACCAUCAUCAUGAACAGUAGGGUCUGUCUCCUACUGGUUCUGGGGUGCUGGGUGGGAGCCUUCCUCUCAGUGCUGUGCCCAACGAUUGUGGUGUCCAGACUGCCCUUCUGUUUUAGAGAAAUCAGUCAUUUCUUCUGUGACAUUGCACCUAUAAUACAGGUGGCCUGAAUAGAAACACAAUUAAUUGAGAUGAUAAACUUCCUCUUAUCUUCAAUAGUAAUCCUGAAAUCACUGGUACUCACCAAAAAGUCCUACACCUACAUCAUCUCUACCAUCUUGCGCAUCCCCUCAGCCCAAGGACGUCAGAAGGCCUUUUCCACCUGUGUUUCUCACAUCACAGUCGUCUCCAUUGCCUACGGCAGCUCCAUCUUCACGUAUGUGAGGCCCGACCAGAGCCAUUCACUGGAUUUUGAUAAAGUGACGGCUGUCCUCACUACAAUGGUGACCCCUCUCCUGAACCCCUUCAUUUAUAGCUUGAGGAAUGAAAAGGUAAAGGAAGUCUUGAAAGAGUCAGUUAGCAGGAUAGUUCCACCACAUUCCAAGGGAACAUAA